AUGAUUCGAAGCGUACCAUAUUGCCGCCCAAACCUUAUCAAGAUUUUGAUUCUUCUGACUCCGAUUAUAUUCGGAUUCUUCGCAACAACAGCCCUACAAAUCGAAACCAUGAAGGUUCAUCCCGUGUCGAUGAAGCGGAACAUCACAGUUCGAGACGACUUCGAUUCAUGGUCGCAAACCCUAACCCUAAUGGAAGGUAGCGCCCAGAAAAAGCUCAAAAGACUCCCUCACGUGUUCAACAAGGUUCUGGAACUCCCGUUCCGCUCCGACGCUGACGUAACGGUGGAGGAGACCUCGGAAUUCUUCCGAUUCGUUGCGGAGAUCGACGACGAAGACGCCGUCGGGGUCGGUGAUGAAGUCAGGGCACAUGCCGUGGAGAUUCACCCUGGGGUUACCAAAAUUGUCGUCAGGAGUGGUGGUGUUGGUGAUGGCGUCAUCGAGGAGUUGUUGGAUAACCUGAAGGUUGACACGUGGCGGUUUAGGCUGCCGGCGACAACGAGAACGGAGUUGGCGCAGGCGGUGUUUGUGGAUGGUGAGCUGAUUGUGACGGUGCCGAAAGGUGGAGAAGAGGAAGGUGGAAGCGAGGGUUGGGCAGCAUUGAGUCGCCUUCUUGUUGUACAGCAAUCCUGCUUUUGA